AUGAAUGUGCUGCACAAAGGCCGCCUCAUAAUUCAGUUGGCACGAUAUUCGAGACACCGCGUUAAACGUGUCCAUGAUAUUCUUCAACUGAAUGUGCUGCACGAAGGCCGCCUCAUGUUUCAGUUGGUAGGGUAUUCGAGAUACCGCAGUAUAUUUUCAAGAUUGUUGGGAAAUCUUCGACAGCCCACAAUCGGUUUCACGUUCAAUUGGGAUCAUCAGCUCCCUUCUCAAUUUCACCACAUAACAGGUCCACUGACGGUGCUGUACUUACGCACUAAUUUAUCAGCUCCCGCCUCCAAUGCGCAGCUACCUACCCCACCUCCACGAAUCAUCGGUGAACGAAACUACAGCAGCUACAACCACUGUACGACGGGUAUGCGGAAGGCACAGUCCCGUCAAACUCAUGUUCUGAUUGAACCCAAAGUCGACCGAUUUCGACAAAUACACUCAUUUGUGAAUCAACUUGCUAUUCACGGGAGACUCACGUG